GUCACUCUGAAUCAGCAUUUGGGGUAUAAGAAGGUAGAUUUUCAGUUGGGAAAUCAGUCAGCUCUUGCAGUUCAAUCAGAUUUGUGAUCGAGAAAUAAGUUGAAGAUGUUCCGGGCUGUAGUGUUGUUAGCUUCAUUGGCUUUGUGCCAUGGCCAUGCAGUGCCAGUAGUGGCUCACCACGCCGCAGUGGUGGCACCAGUAGUCGCAGCACCUGUGGUGGCUGGCUAUGCUGGUCAUGGUUAUGGCGGACAUGGAUUUGGAGGAUACGGCUACGGCGGACUGGGCUACGGAGGGCUUGGUCAUGCUGGACUAGGUCACGCUGGCAUUGGCCACGCUGGAUUUGGUCAUGCUGGACUUGGACAUGCUGGAAUUGGACACGCUGGACUUGGCUUGGGCGGUCUUGGUCAUGGCGGUCUUGGUCAUGGUGGUCUUGGUCAUGGCGGUCUUGGACACGGUGGUGAUCUUGGCCACGGAGGACUUGGUCAUGGCGGUCUUGGUCACGGCGAUCUUGGUCACGGAGGACUUGGCCAUCACGUUCACAAGCGGUCUCCUCAUGUCGUCGCUCCAGUAGCUCAUGUGGCUCAUGUGGCUCACGUUGCUCCCGUGGCCCACGUCGCCCACGUGGCACCCGUGGCGGUGUCUCAUCAGUCUCGACUGGAUGUGCACUCUUCACCAGCUGUUGUUACUACUGCAGUAGUGCAGCCCGUCGUAGCCAAAGUGGUAGCUGCUGCCCCACUGCACUUCGGUGGUGGAUUUGGCGGUGGUCUAGGCGGUGGUCUAGGAGGUGGGCUCUAUGGACAUGGAGACGGCCAUGGUUAUGGCCAUGGUUUCGGCCACGGCUACGGCGACGGUCACGGUCACGGUUUUGGCCACUACUAGUCACGAUCUUGCUUGAUGUUAAUAAAUUGUAUCAUAACUGAAUGUAUGGAUAGUAGUGUAUAGUAAAUAAUUUGCAAAUAAAGAUGUGAUAAUUA